AUGGGGCUGGUGGUUACUGGUGAGGCGCAGGAGAUGCAGGUGCUGCAGGUGCUGCUGGCCUUGACGUUGCGGUGCACGUUGCGAUGGAUCUUCAAUGUCAUCAUUGUCGACUUGACUUUUGAUAUCGCAUCACGUCGGUACCUAUGUCAUAGCCUCUCUGCUUGCGCCUUGCAGUCAGUCAGUCAGGCGCCCAAUCGCACUCCUGGUCGGAGCCGUAGACCGAGAUACAGCCCGAGCAACUGGCUGCAACCAUCCUGGCAUCCAACCCUGGCCGGCUGGAACCCCGGCAGCCCAUCGGAGGAGGCAUCGUUUCUGGUCAUCUCAAUCUCAAAUCCCAAUCCAGCAUCGCUGCCACCGUUCGUUUAUUACGGGCUCCUACCGCAGAACCCCGCCACCACCACCAGUCCACCAUCCACUCCACUCGCUAUGCGCAACCCACCACCGCCAGCGCAUCGUCACCCGACCUCCGCCCAGCGGCUUAUUGGAAUUUCAUCCUGUCCGCACCCAAAGUAA